CAGUCUGACCGAAUCCUCUCCUGAGUCGCAGUGGCGGCAAUCUCUUGGGACUUUUGCAUUGGGAAAUUAUUUGAUAACUCUCCCACAGACAGGACCCGGACCCAGAUCAGGUGCGGGAACGAGACCCGGACAGCUACCGGAACCGAAGGGUUGAUGAUGUCCCGCGUGGAGGAUCGCGACGAGGCGGACUGCGUGUGCUCCUUCGGGAUGAAGUCCACUUGGGACAUCAACGACCCCAAACUCCCGCAGGACACGAAGCAGUUUGACGCCUUCCAGGAGUGGACGGACGGUUACGUGCGCUACAUCUACAGCGCGGAGGACAAGAAUGCUCAGCGCCACUUGUCAGGGUGGGCCAUGAGGAACACCAACAACCACAACUGCCAGAUCCUGAAGAAGUCGUGUUUAGGCGUGGUGGUCUGCUCUCGAGGCUGCGCGCUGGCCGAUGGUUUGCGACUGCAAUUGCGGCCCGCCAUCUGCGACAAAGCGCGGCAGAAGCAGCAGAAGAAAGUUUGCCCGAGUUGUAGCGGCGCUCUGGAGCUGCUCCCGUGCCGAGGCCACAGCGGGUACCCCGUCACCAAUUUCUGGAGGGUGGACGGGAAAGCCAUCUUCUUCCAGGCCAAAGGAGUCCACGACCAUCCGAGACCAGAAUCCAAGUCUGAGACGGAGGCCAGGAGAAGUUCGAUAAAAAGACGAGUGAGCUCGCCUCCGUUCGCACCAAAAAGACGCCUCGUUGAAUCCCAGGCUCUCGGUCAAGCCCUACUCUCCUGCGUCGAGUCUACAGACCGGAUCUCCUUUAUCGAACCAAGCUUCCCGCAGCAUUACCCAGCAUUCCAGAACACAGACCCGUACUACAACCCCCACAACGCAUUGGGGGAGACUUCACCCAGCCUGCAAAAGACCGCCAGUCCCAGGCUCUACAUGGGUCGGCCCGCUUACGAGUUCCAGGGCUACCUGGCCUCACCCGCAUAUCCCGUCGCCUCGGAACUCUGCGAUCCCAGGGUAGCUCCGGUCCUCGCUUGUCCCAGCUCCUCGGCGUCCGCUCCCCUCUCGUCGUCCUCCUCCUCGUCCUCCUCUUCCUUCGAUCCGCCCCUGCCCAAACCGGGCUGGAAGGAUCUCCUGAAGAGUUCCGCUCCGUACGGCGACAACCACCAUUAUUACAGCCCGGACUAUCCCUGCCGCUACCCCGGAAACCCCCCGGCUUCUCCGGCGGCGCUACAGACCAUCAUCACCACCACAACCAAAGUCUCGUAUCAGCCGUGUCCAAAGGGCACCGCCUACCAGUCGUGUCCCAAAGUUCAGUCCGGGCUACCCGGCUGCUCCUCGCUGCCGGACGAGUCGUCCUCGUCGUACUCGGCCGAAGUGAAGGUGACGGACGAGUCGGGCGGCGUCAUCAAGUCUCUUUCAUUUCAGCCUGAGGUCGUGCAGACCAAAACGGAGCGAGCGGACGCCUACGACUAUCGCUACGGCUACGCCAACACGUUCCGUUACGACGACUACUGAUGCGCCGCCGAUCCGCUACCUCCGUUACCGUGACGACUGAACCUGGGGAAGGACGUCUCCUGUGACGACAGAACACUCGUUUUCUUUCGGGCCUGCCGCAGAACAAAACGUGAACACGAACUUUUACUGACUUUGUUCCGUCGUGUGCGGCCAUAAAGUCCGUGGAGUGAAGCACGUGGGAUUUGGGGAAUUGAAAAAGAAGGAAAAAAAAAACAAAACGGAAGCUCUUUUGGGGACUUUAGCACGUACAAGAUAUGCUAGCAGAUUGCGACGUUAGCGUGUUGCUGAGAGGUUGGCAGUUUUUGAACAUUUCACCUCGGAGACGAAAGUCAGCGCUGCGAUCGUCACGUAUUGACAACGUGGCGAUUUCCAAUUUUCGGAUUGGACCUCUCAACGGCUUGCUGCCAUUUUUCCUGUGAGGAUUCACCCUGUCGUUCAAAAGCUGACAUGGCGACCCUCGCGUGUCGUUUGUCUUAUUUAUUGGUCGCCGACUGACUUGUGAUGACCUGCUCUUUGAUCAUGCACGCGCGCGCGCACACCAACGUGAAGUGAGCGAAUCUCCUUGAUUACGGGGGGGGGGAGGGGGAGGCUCGCCGUGCCCCCCGCCAGAAAUAUUUAUCAAGUCACCCAGUCCUAAAAACAUUGCUGGGAAGGUGGGGGGCAUUUGGAGAGGCAGCCCCCACUCCGCGGUUGUCGAUCGAGCGGUAGGGCGCCGUUAGGCCCAUACCGCCCCCCCACCCCGCAGGACAGGCACGCGCACUCGCAUUGCUUGCUUGUGCCGUCUCGGACCAACACCUGAAUGCGAGUAAAGCGUUGCCGGCGUCUGCGUGCGCAUCAAAAAGCAAACUUGUGUGCCGAAUAAACUUGUAUGGACAGGAAGUGUUUUGUGUCUGUCACUAACCUGCAUUAGAACCAGACGGCGAGUUCAAGGUCAGGUGAAGGUGAUUAGAGAGUCAAGGUCAAUGAAGGUGUGAUGUCAGCCAGGUGCGUGGAGGAGAAAAACCUGCGCUGCCAUUGGCUCAUGUCGGAAUUGUUUGGAGUUUGAAGUCAGCCGGCGUGCGGCAAAAUGUUCACCUGGAGGACACGCUGAAAAAAUAUACACAAAAACACGACCAGUGUGUCUGUGGAGUCAUUCUAUCCUUUCAGCAACAUGUCGUCUUAUCUUCUCAUCUUCUCCUCGGCUGAUCUUCAUCGCUGACUUUUCACACGCAAAUCUUCUUCUUGGUUAAAUAAAUUGUAAUCACCCCCCCCCACCCCCUCCCCCAACC